AUGACCUCUCUACCCUCGCAGCAUCCCACACUCUCCCUCCACCUCUCCGACCGCAAUCUCCACCCGAUCCUCACAUCCGCCCGCUCAGACACCCAGCUCGAGGCCCUGACGUCCCUCGCGACAACCUCCCUGACCGCCCACGCCGCCGCCCAUCGCCUCGCGCUGGGCCACCCCCAGCGCCUCAUGGUCGAGCACGGCCCCGGCGCCCCCGUCGUCCUGACCUCCUACCUCGAUCCAGCCGCCGCCCUGUCCUCCUCGCCCGCGCACACCCCCACCGCGGCACGCAUAGCCUCCUCGGCGACAUCCCCCCGUCGCGCCGGCUCCCCAUCCACCGGCGCCGGCGGCAUCGUCGUCACGGGGCCGCCCGCAGCCUCCUCCUCCCUGAAUCCCGCUGCCGUCGCCGCCGCCGCCGACCCGUCCCCCUCGACAUUGGCCCAUUCCGCCCUCGCGCCCCCGACAGACCUCCUCGCCGCCGUCACCCUCUCGAGCGCCGGCUCCGGCUCCGGCUCCGACCCCACCGCCACCGCCACGACCUCAUCCCGUCCCAACGGUGUCCCGCCCCCGCGAAGCAGGCCGCACACUCGCGACUCGGGCCGCGCAGCAUCAUCAGCAGCAGCAGCAGCUACGCCUCCCGCCAAGAGGAAACAGACAGCUCCUCACAGUCGCAGCGCGCAGGACGGUCUCGAGACGUCCGCCGCCGACGCGGCGCCCAUGCUCAUAGGCCUCGUCGUGGCCGGCACAGCCGAGGAGGCGCUCGAGGCCCGGCGCGCGGCCGUCCGACUGGAGCGCGUCGCGAGGGAAGUCCAGCGCGAGUGGACCGUCGAGGAGAACAGGCGCUACGACAGCGACGAAAGUGGUUGA